CAAAUCAGUGGCGAGGUGGGUCGCACGCUGGCGUCUGCCCUCGCCUUUCCUUCCUCACGCUCUUUCGCGCGCAUUGCCCCACCGAGAAUUUGGGCCAAGCACAAAUAUCCCGGUCUCUCUCCAACUAGUCAAUCGUCUAUAUAGACAUCUCGCUCUAAUGUUUUCUCUCGGCUCGUGAUUUUAUGUAAUAAGUUCAAUGUUUACAUUGUCAGGUGAUGAAAGCAUUAACAUUGACUGAUUUUUACUUAUUAUUACGGACACAGUGGUGCUGGAGUGUCAGUUCUAUUUUGUGGAUUAUGGGCGCUUCGUACUCCAUAGCGAGGUGACCAUAGACAAUGCCGAUCCUAAGUAAUGCUGACCAUACCGUGGUGGAGGCCUCGGAUUCCUUGGCCGCGCGCUACCUGGUAGCUGUGCUUGGGGCCUGGGCUGCUGAAAGUGCUACAUAUCCCUUCGACUUGACGAAGACGAGACUACAAAUACAGUCUGAAGUUGCAGCCGCAAAAGUUGGAUAUAAGUUAGAAAACCAUGGUAUGAUAAAGACAGCGGCAGGAAUCGCCAAGAAUGAGGGCGUGCUGAAGCUAUGGACGGGUCUGAUGCCAAUGUUCCAACGCCACGUCAUCUACUCCGGCAGCCGGCUCAUCUUUUACGAGGAGAUCAGAAAUAGACUCAAGAAGGAGAAUGGCCAGUUGUCGCUUGGUGCCGCUUCUAUAGGGGGUCUGGCGUCGGGGUCGCUGGCGCAGCUGAUCGCGUCACCUACUGACCUGGUGAAGGUGCAGAUGCAGGCGGAAGGGAGACGGGUGCUGCAGGGUCAGCCGCCAAGGUUCUCUAACUGCAGGCAGGCCUACGCCCGGCUGUAUGCUGAAGCUGGCCUCUUAGGGUUCUGGAGAGGCGCGAUACCUAAUGUCCAGCGCGCGGCGUUAGUCAACAUGGGCGACCUAGCAGCGUACGACUAUACCAAGCAGUACUUGAGAAGGGAGUUCGGAAUGGCAGACAAUGCGCUACUGCACGCCGUCGCGGCGUUCGCUGCGGGCUUUGUGGCCGCUGUGGUGGGCACCCCCGCUGAUGUCAUGAAGACCAGGCUCAUGAAUCAACCUGUUGGGCCCGAUGGAAGAGGUAAAUUAUACCGUGGCAUGAUUGACUGCUUCCAACAAUCCGUCAAGAAUGAAGGUGUGUUUGCGCUAUACAAAGGUUUCUUGCCUUUGUGGAUGCGACUAGGGCCCUGGGCACUCAUAAACUGGCUAGCGUUUGAAAACAUCAUGCUUGCCAUAGGAGGCCAAACCUUAGGUAAUUAGUCUUAAGUUUAACUGUGAUUACGACACAAUAUUAUUGGGAAUAACCAGUGAUUUAUUUAUUUGUAAAUAAUAGUUACAUACUUUUAGAUCAUUAUUUAUUUUGUAUAAUGUGGGUAAUAAACAAGAGAGCAAGAUAUGAACUAUGUGAAAUAGAGAGUACCAUCAUAGUAUAGGUAUGUAGUUUGAGCGCCCUAUAUCUGUAACUCCGGAUUUUUUUCCGAUUGUACGAAUGUGGAUGUCAAAGACAAUAGCAAUAUUAAUUUAAGUAAUGAAGCUUCUAUUAUAUCUAGUAAUAGUAACUGUACCUAUAAUAGUUAUUGAAUUAAUUUUGUCCCCCAUAUAAUUAUGCUUCAUGGUAAAGUAAGUAUGUAGGGACUCGUCUCACAGUGCUUUUAAGCGACACAUUGAUAAAGUCAACGACUACGUUUACUUACACAAUUAAAAAUAAAUAAUCAGUCAUAAUCUCUUGAAGCACACUGAAGCGAAAUUAUACAUAUGUUUGCCUGACUGAAGUGAUAACGAGAUUAAUUUGUAUUUACAAAUUAACCUAAAAAAAAUCUAGAGAAAUAAUAUCAACUUGUGAUGUCAUAUAAAGUAUUGAUAUAUAUUGAGUAUAUUUAUUAGAUACAAAUACACGGUAUUGAACAGCACACAAAAUACAGCUAUAAUUUAGUUGAUGUAAUAUUGUUUUCGAAAUAACGGUGCUACUUAUUAUCAAAUAUUGACCUAUAUUUUUUGUGACGUUAGGAAAUAUUAUGUUUAUCCACUGCUUAAUUUUCAGAUUAGGUAUUUUAAUUUGAUGUAAAAGAACAACACAGUGAGCCACAAAUAAUCCUUGUGAAAUUAGAACAAAGCAUAAGUGAUAUAAUAAUUCUUAUAAAAAGGGCUGUAGUAUGUUAUUAUAUUUUUAGAUCAAUGCUGCUGUGUUACUGUUAAAAUGAAAGAGUGACGUUGUUAAAGUUAUAAAUAAAUUAUCCAUUUGUUAUUUA